UCAGUAAAAAUGCGGGUGGGGGGAGGGCUGACAUUUUUUGACUGCGUGUUCCGUGCCAAGUGCUUUUCGUUAAGAAUAUAGUGUUUUUGACUGAGUAUUGUGUUUGACCGAUGUAAAUACUAAAAUUCCAAAUUAGAAUGCUAGGGUGAAAGUAACACUGUAAUUAGUAGGAGUAGAAUUUACUUCAUAUUAAUAUAUGUGUCGUGAUGUGAUUUUCAUGGCGUGGCCCAAGCAACAAUUUUCAGAAUGCAGCCUCAUUGAUGCUACUCAUAGAGAUGUGGACGUGCUGUUACUGCUUUCUAACUCUGCCUACUACGUGGCCUAUUAUGAUGAUGAAGUGGAUAAAGUAAACCAGUAUCAACGACUAAGUCUCGAAAACCUGGAAAAAAUAGAAAUAGGUCCUGAACCCACUCUUUUUGGUAAGCCGAAGUUUUCCUGUAUGCGAUUGCACUACCGAUAUAAAGAGGCAAGUGGUUAUUUCCACACACUGAGAGCUGUGCCACGUAAUCCAGAAGAAGAUGGAAAAGACACCCUUCAGUGCAUCGCAGAGAUGUUGCAGAUCACUAAGCAAGCUGUGGGGCUGGAUGUGCCCAUAAUUGAGAGAAAACUGGAGAGGAAGAGCAGUAAACCUCAUGAAGAAAUCAUUGGUAUCAGAUCUCAAAACCAAGGCUCUUUGGCCCAGGGGAAGAAUUUUUUAAUGAGCAAAUUUUCCUCUCUAAAUCAAAAAGUGAAACAGACCAAAUCCAAUGUAAAUAUUGGCAACCUGCGAAAAUUAGGAAACUUUACAAAACCUGAAAUGAAAGUUAAUUUUCUAAAACCAAACUUAAAAGUCAACCUUUGGAAAUCAGAUAGUAGUCUUGAGACUAUAGAAAACUCAGGAGUGAUAGAUAAUAAAGUCCAGGGAGAGUCUGAUGAGGACAUGUCUUCAGAUGACUCAUACCACUCUGAUGAAUUCCUUACCAGCUCUAAGUCAGAUGAGGACAAGCAGCUAGCUAAUUCUUUAGAGAGUGUAGGGCCGAUAGAUUAUGUUCUUCCUAGUUGUGGUAUUAUUGCUUCAGCACCUCGAUUAGGCAGUCGCUCUCAGUCUAUCAGCAGCACUGAUAUUAGCAUUCAUGCUCCUGCAGAGGUUACUGUUGCUUAUGGAAGUGGGCUUGGCAGAGGCCAGGAGUCUCCUUUGAACAAGAGUCCUUCUGCUGACAACAUACACGCUGGCUUUGCUAAGCCUAUGGAUAUUUACUGCCACAGGUUUGUCCAAGAUGCACAAAACAAAAUGACUGAACUGUCACAGGCCAGGUCUGUAUCACAGCAAGCUAGUGAGGAAAGAAAUCAAAUGACCAAUCAAGUUUCUAAUGAAGAAACUCAAUCAGAAUCAAUGGAACAGACACCUUCUCGGCCAUCUCAUUUAGAUGUGUCUUCUGGGACAGGCCCCCAGUUUUUGUCAGUUGAACCAGUUCACUCAGUUUUCUCUCAGAAGACCCCUAGUUCUGGUCUUGGCGUGGAACUUGAGGCAGGGCUUCGUGUAACUCCCUCCCCUUCUGAGAGCAGUAGCAGCAGAGCAGUCUCUCCCUUUGCAAAGAUUCGCAGCUCCAUGGUCCAGGUUGCCAGUAUUACCCAAGCUGGGUUAACCCAUGGGAUAAACCUGGCAGUAGCAAAAGUUCAGAAGAGUCCUGCAGAACCUGAAGUAGUUAAUGAAGUCCAACAAAAUGAACUUAAAAAUAUGUUUACACAAUGCCAGACACGAAUAAUCCAGAUUUAGAUUUUAGCCACAGUCUUGUGGAUUUUAUUUGAAAAUUCUAAAUUUCCACAUAUUAGGCUAUUUUAACUUUUACUGUUUGAAUCUAGGGAUCACCAAUUCUGGUUACUGGGAAGGGUUUUCAGAGGCAUCAGAACUUCAGCGGAUUUCCAGGUCUGAGAGCCAAGACGCUAGGAAGUGUCAUCCUAGAUCUGCAUAGCAUAUACACUACAGAACUACAGAGCAGUUUAUUCAUUUGAAAGUAAUUCAGGAACAAGGCAUUUUGGUACAGAUUCUGAAGUAGUUUUUGGGGGGCGGGGGGUGAAGUAUAGGAAGUAGACACAAGGGGCCCAUUUGAAAGUAGCAUUUCUGUCAGUUCAUUCCUAUGUAGUCUACAAAGUAAACCAUUUAGUUUUUAGUGAACUUAGUAUGGAGAAGCAUAUGAAAGUAAGUUGUUUUGAUGGCUUAACCAUUCCCUGUGAAGAGCUGAGGGUUACCGAUGCUACAGUUAAAGAAUCAUUUGAUCCUAACUUUACCCAUAUUCUACUUGAACGGAUUAUUCUGCUGCCUGUGGUCUUCAAAACUGAGGUGCACUAACUUGCCUGUUAUAGAGUAAUCCUAGUACAUCGCCUGUAUCUGGCAGUACCUAAUUGAUCUUGCUCUUUUUAAAAAUGCAUUGGCUACUAGAAAUUCUGGAAGUCUUCAAGUUUUAACUUUUCCAGAACAUUCCUCAACAUUUUGGGCACACUAUCCCAACUACUGAAAAUUUAGUUGAAACACUGCUGUGUGAAAACAGGUUGUAUGAUGCUAACUCUAAUCAAGAGAGCCUCCUGUAUAACAACCCACACAGAAAGAAGGUUGCACAGCAGUCCGGCAAGUGUUGGUUUCUCUGGUAUUUUUAGAGCCUUACUCUGUUGAAGUGAUUCUCAGCUGAAUGUUAUGUCUGUUGUUAACUUUGAUAAGCAUUCCAUUUUUGUUAUUUAUUAGUGGUAUUUUUUUUGAAGUGUCAAAUCUUGUGACUAUUAAAGUACCAGUAAUUUAAAGUGA